CGGGAUUGAUACGCAUUUCGUUGUUUGCUGAUCUAACCCGGAAACUGCGUCGCAAGAGGGACUAGCAUGCCAGUGAGGUGUUAGCCGGGCGGAGAGGAAAGCAGCCAGAAGCAAUGGGCGGUUCCGUGAGCCAAGUGUUCCGCUCCGGAUCUGCGCUCCUCUCGCAUCGCGACGGCAAGCUGUCCAAGGCCACCGAGGAGACCAUCCAGACGCUGUUUGACAUUCUGCGCGCCAACCCAAAGGUGUCCUUGCAAACGCUCGAGAGCCUCCUCAUCCAAAUACCCAAAAAUGAGAACAUCCUGGCCAUGCACGACGACUAUGGCUACAAUAUCCUGCAGCGCAGCGUUGGCCUCAACCACAUUGAUCUCACCAAGUGGCUGCUGCACCGCCACCGUCCGGACGUGAACCGCUCGCCCUGCUCCCUGCCCCUGCACAUCGCUACCCUGCGGGGCUACGAGGAAUGCGUAGAGCUGCUCCUGCGACAUGGAGGACGCAUCGACGUGGACACAAGGAUGUGCUUUCCCGGAGCCCACACCCGCAACUGCGAGGAAAGCGGCAAGUGGCACAACAAUGUAGACGACGUCAGCGAGCGGCUGAAUACCAAGCUGCAAAAUGCACUCUACUACGCCAUCGACGGGGAUCAGUACAACGUGCUUAGCUUGCUCACCCAAAAGAUGGAAGAGCCGUGGAUACCUUUUCGGGUGAAGAAGCCGCUACUGCACUUGGCCUGUGAGCGCGGUGCCUGGAAUUGCGUCCAGCAGCUGGUUGUAACGCGUUCGGAGGAAAUCAAUCUCAUCAUGGACGAGUAUUACCCGAUUCACCACGCCGUCCUUCAUGACGGCCGCUUCCUCGAGCUGCUCAUCCAUCAGGGAGCCAUCACAACUGUGCGCACAUGCACCCAACAAAUGACCCUUCUGCAUGUGGUUAUUUUUGCUGCUCGAAAAUCGGCAGACGACACGCUUGCUACCCUCCGCAUUCUGUUAGAACGCGGCUGCAAGGAGCUAAUCAACGCCCCCGACUCGCUGGGGAACACACCCUUGCACGCCCUGAUCGUGCGCUAUGCCCUAGAGGAGGCGCGUUAUGGUUACGAUAAGUGGAGCAAGUGGGACGUCCUGCACCUAGUGCGGUUCCUGCUGCAGAGCGGGGCUAAGCAGUCGAUUAACCAGGCGGGUAACAGUGCCAUGGCCUGUGUAUUUCGCCACUUGAGAGACUGGGAGGUCUGCUACGAGCUGCUCAGCAUGCUCAUCAAGGAAAAUGGUGAUCCCAACAUAGUUGGGAGGGAUGGGUCUGUGCCCAUUAUGGUUCUGCUAGUGCCAUUAAUUAAUAAGGAUCACCUGCAUCAUUUCACGCACUCCAUGAAGGUCUGCUAUCUGAACUGCAUCCGCAUGCUGCUGCAGCACGGAGCCAAUCCCAAUUGCUCCUACCGCGCCAACCUCAAGCCGCUGCACGUGCUCGUUUUUACGGUGAGCGAGAACUUUACGCUCAACUGUGAUGCCCAGAAGCGCACAAACUUCGACUUCAUCAAGAACAUCCUUCUGAUGCUGCUUCAGCACGGCCUGGACUGCAACAAGACAUAUCAGCACAUUCUACAGGCGGUGAUGGACAUGGUGCAUAAUGUGCGCACCUGCCACGACAUGGAGUGCGUCUACGAGCUGACCCUGACGCUAAUCCAGUACGGGGCCGAUCCCAAUAUAGUGCUCAGCGGCAAGACGACGCCGGGAACCGCCAUCUUCUCCAACGAGCUUGCCACCUUCCGCAGCUCGUUCCGCACCAACUCGUGCUACCUGCUCUUUUACUAUAUCAUCCUGAUCACCAAGAAGGAGUUUAUCCUGAACGAUCCGCACGCGACGUACACCCGCGUCAUUCACCUCUUCUACCUGACCAUGCAGCAUGAGCCGCUUUUCAAUUGCCUCAAGUCUCUGCACAACUUCUACGUGGCCCAGGUGCCAAGCAAAAAGACAGAGCAGCUAAUAGCCCUGAUCUCGACGCUUUAUCGCCGGCCGCGCAGUCUGAAGCAGCUGUCCCGCUGGGCCAUCUACGAGGCGAUGAACCGCAAGCUGGCCCAGAACAUCAACCGCUUGAACCUGCCCGGCCCGCUCAAGGACUACGUGCUGCAGUUCGAGAGGUAGCGAUUGGUGCGGACCAAUGACCAAUGAAUCCCAACCGCAGCGAACUAGAGUCAAUCACUACUGUUGUCCCUAGACUAUGUACUGUUUAAUAUGCAUAUUUGCCUACCCUAGUAGGUAUGUAGUUACGCAAUAAUUACGAACUAUCAGGCCUGUUCUGGGUUAGCCUAUCAUAACUGAACGAUCAGCUCAUUAGAUCGCUUUAUCACUUUGAUUUGAUAUCAAAAAUGGAGAGAUUUGUAUAGUUUUUGUUAGAACAUCUUAUUACCGCUGUAUUUUUCUUGAUUUAGGUCAAUAGAGAUAUGUUUGAACCGGAACAGGUCCGUAAAAGAUAUGGAAACGCUUAAUCGUACCUAGAUACAACAGAAAACACACACAAGAAGCCAAUUUAAAAAUUGUCAAAUCAAACACGUGCAAUUUCUUUGAUACGAAUCUAUUGAUACUAUUGUGAGGGAGGAACGCUCAUCUAUGUUUUGUAAUUCUAUACGUACAACUUUGUGAACUGUAAUGCGCUUUACACUAUACAAGCACGACCCGCCCCCGCACUCUCCGCCCCUCACUCCCUUUCAAACCUCUCAUGCUGCAUAAGUUAUAGGACAUAAACUUAAGGCUGUUUUUUGACGAACAUUUCGGGUGUUUUAGAAUUUUGUAUAUUCAAGCGCAAUCGGCGGAGCGAGACGUUAUGUAAUUAUUAUUGUAACUAUUAUUAUUGUUGCUAAACCGUUGUUAAUCUCUGUAUCUGUAAUGUCAUUUUCAAUCGAAUUGAUAACGCUAUCGAUCAAUAAAUAAACAUGAACUUUAA